GCGCUGACACGCUCUGCCUAUUGUUUGUGGGUUUUUUUUUCAAAAUAUGGCAAAGGUUCAGGUGAACAAUGUAGUGGUGUUGGACAACCCUUCUCCUUUCUACAACCCUUUCCAAUUCGAAAUCACGUUUGAGUGCAUAGAGGACCUGUCGGAAGAUUUGGAAUGGAAAAUAAUUUACGUGGGUUCAGCUGAAAGUGAAGAGUAUGACCAAGUGUUAGACUCUGUUUUAGUAGGACCUGUUCCUGCGGGCAGACACAUGUUUGUGUUUCAGGCUGAUGCACCUAACCCAGGGCUUAUUCCAGAUGCAGAUGCAGUAGGUGUUACAGUUGUGCUAAUUACGUGCACUUAUCGAGGUCAAGAAUUUAUUAGAGUCGGCUAUUAUGUAAACAAUGAAUAUACUGAAACAGAACUGAGAGAGAAUCCACCAGUAAAGCCAGACUUUUCUAAGCUUCAAAGGAAUAUUUUGGCAUCUAAUCCCCGAGUCACAAGAUUCCACAUUAAUUGGGAGGACAACACUGAAAAACUGGAAGAUGCAGAGAGCAGUAACCCAAAUCUACAGUCCCUGCUUUCUACAGAUGCAUUACCUUCAGCAUCAAAGGGAUGGUCAACAUCAGAAAAUUCAUUAAAUGUUAUGUUAGAAUCUCAUAUGGACUGCAUGUGACUAACCACCAUCGUUUUGGUACUGUACAUGUGUUAAACUGUAAAAACAACCAGAACUAUUUCCCUCAAAUUCCAUAAGUACAUAGUUGACACGCAAUGUGAAGAACUUGUUUUGAAACAUCCUGUAGAAAGUUUAUAAAAAACAGUAUUUGAGCAAAUUGUGGAAUAUAAAUACAACUAUUUUUAAGUAAUUGCUUUUUUUCUCUAAUGUGUUAUUCUGUUUGGUCUAACCCAAACCUGAUUAAAGUAUACAUAUUCUUUCCCCUUCCCCCUUUACUUUGUUAGCGCUGUUGAAAGCUGAAAAACUGAAAGUUAAAAUAUUCAGGCAAAAUGAAGCAAUAAUGCUGUGUCCUCAUCUCUGAUAUCCAGAUUGCCAAAUAUAAAGUGCCCUUUAAUAGCAGCUGAAGAACAAAGCUGUCAUUAGACAAAGUGCAAAGAAAAAAGUGCUCUUAAAAAAAAAGUCCUCUUUCUGUGAAAGCAGACAGCACAGUGUAAUUUUAGGUGCAUGUUUUUUUUUCAUUUCAAAGCACAUACUUGUUACUUAAAGCAUGCAGUUUGAAAUUUACCAUCUGCUAUCUCAGAUUUUAGGACUUUUCUUUUUUUAUAAUCUCCUGCUGCUAGUCAGACUGGUUUGUUAAGGACACUGUUUCAUGUGGAUUUAGGUGGGUAUUUCAGCAAAGGUUUUUUUUUCAGUCAGCUGUGCAUGUCUGGGUGGAAAGAUUAAAGCAAUUAUUAGAAAAUUUAAGUGUCAAAAGGAAGAGCAUAAGUAACCCUCUGAACUGUAUUUCUGCAAUACUGUUAUGUACAAUGCUGGUUCAUACAUUAAUUUUUCAAGUAUGCUAUAUUCUUGUAGUCUUUUCAACUAAUGUUUAGAUGCUUUCUGAAACAUCUGGAAUUUAAACCACUUGAGUUUUCUCUACGCCCUUUAAGGCAACACUAUGCAUUGGUAUAAAUGAAGACUCAAACUCUGCUGUGGCAGGCACUGAAUACUCAAGAAUUCAUGGCCUGCCCUGAAGGGCUUGCAGUGAGAUGUUCCCUCUUACCUGAGGCGUCUUUGAAGA